UUUCUAGCAAGGGCGAUAUUGCGCGUGCACGUGACUGGCUUGCCAUAGAAAACAAAGCUGUCUGCGCGGCAUCCAUUACAGCGGAGGGUGCAGACUUCGGGAAUAUAUGAAUAUAGACGCCAGAAAACACUCCUAAAUAUGGAUUUACAGCGAGUAUAGGAUCAUUUGAGACUCGGGCCUGUAAGGGCAGUGAGACUGCAGGACACUCGCGAAAUUGACGAAAUAUACAGUUUUUCUCGGGGUGCUUUGUCUUGGCCAGCGAGCAAACCAUCAUUGUCAUUCGAUUGGAAGCUUUUCGACUAGUGUUUGCUAGAUGGGGGCUGGGGUACAUCGCCAUGUUGUUAUCAAAUAGUAACUGUUAAAAAAGACAUCUUGAAGUAAAGGCGGAAAUUUUGUCCACCAGGUCCUUCGUUUUGGCCACAGGGAACCGAAUCUCAACAGUCGCGGAACCCACCACUGACUGUUGUCGUCGGUGACAUGGCGGAGCAAGGCUACUCUUCUUGGGCGUACUCACUCGUCGACUCCAGCCAGGUGUCCACUUUCCUCAUCUCCAUCCUCCUCAUCGUCUAUGGCAGCUUCAGAUCGUUGAACAUGGACUGUGAGAACCAGGAGAAGGAUAAGGAUGGUAACCCUGUCCCGAAUGGGACCUUCAACAAUGGCAACACAAACAACAGUGAGUCUCACAUAUUUGGUAUUCAAACCAUAGACUCCACGCAGGCUCUGUUCCUGCCCAUAGGAGCCUCGGUGUCUCUGCUCGUCAUGUUCUUUUUCUUCGACUCUGUCCAGGUGGUUUUCACCAUUUGCACCGCAGUUCUUGCGACAAUUGCGUUUGCAUUCCUCCUGUUGCCAAUGUGCCAGUACUUGACCAGACCCUGCUCCCCACAAAACAAGAUCUCGUUUGGCUGCUGUGGGCGCUUCACUCUGGCCGAGCUCCUCGCCUUCUCCCUGUCUGUCAUGCUGGUGCUGAUCUGGGUGCUGACGGGACACUGGCUGCUCAUGGACGCUCUAGCCAUGGGGCUGUGUGUGGCCAUGAUAGCGUUUGUGCGGCUGCCCAGUCUGAAGGUGUCUUGCCUGCUGCUGUCAGGGCUGCUCAUCUAUGAUGUGUUCUGGGUGUUCUUCUCGGCCUACAUCUUCAACAGCAACGUGAUGGUGAAGGUGGCCACCCAGCCAGCUGACAACCCCUUAGACGUGCUCUCCAGGAAGCUCCACCUGGGCCCUGGGAUGGGCCGUGACGUCCCACGCUUGUCUCUGCCCGGCAAGCUGGUUUUCCCCAGUUCCACAGGCAGUCACUUCUCCAUGCUAGGGAUCGGGGACAUAGUGAUGCCGGGGCUACUGCUGUGCUUUGUGCUGCGCUACGACAACUACAAGAAGCAGGCCAACGGGGAGGCAGGGGGGCCAGGCACACCCGGACGCAUGGGGCGCGUCUCCUACUUCCACUGCACUCUCAUCGGAUACUUUGUGGGCCUGCUGACUGCCACUGUGGCCUCCAGGAUCCACCGUGCGGCUCAGCCUGCCCUGCUCUACCUGGUGCCCUUCACCCUGCUGCCUCUACUCACCAUGGCCUACCUGAAGGGAGACCUGCGGCGUAUGUGGUCAGAGCCUUUCCACACGAAGGCCAGCAGCUCCCGCUUCCUGGAGGUAUGAUGCACCCUGGGAACACACAGCCAGCGUGGGCAGGACCAGGGACCCCUACCCCCUGCCCUGAGAGAAAGGGAGUGAGAGGGAGAGCGCACACUGAAGAGAGGCCUCGUCCUCAUCACUAGUUCAUUCUUUCCACCCAUCCUCUGAGGAGCAGACCUCACAUAUGGACACCAGUGUGUGGACCUCAUUGCCAGACACAACUCCUCAUUGCUUCCUGUUUUCCUCUCUCUCUUCUCUACUUUUCCUUCCCUCACCCACCUCCCUUACCAUGGCUCAUUUCAUUUUGUCAGGCCUCUCCCUCUCUCCUUUUGCUCUUCUGUUUUACUACCGCCCCUCUCAUCUGUGUAUCUCCCCAACUCUGCUGGACUCCAAGGCCAGGCAUCCCCCUAUAUGGACUACUGGGUGUGGGAUGUGACUGAGGCUUUUUUUUAGCAUCUUCAUUACAAUUAUUGUUAUUAUUCUGGAAUGCUUUGGAAUGAACUGCGGAGGAGGAUAGGAGAGUAGGCAGAACUGCUGCUGCCACUAGGCAGGAAAAUGACAUCAGUGCACAGGACCAGCAGCCUAUGGGAGAGAGAAGGAACAGCAACGGUUCAUCAGUCGCUCCCUCCAUCUACCCCCUCUGUCCCCUGAACACCUCUCCUCUUUAUCCUCAACACCCUCCCCCUCUAACAAACUCCCACCUUCCGUCAUUCGCUGCCCCAUCACAGAUACAGGUAUUUUAUUUAGAAAAGAUUUUAUUCUUGGCAUAUACAGAAAUGAUGCAUUAUAAAUUGUGAAUGUGUCCCUACUAUUGCGGGGGAAGCAUCUCUCUUUGUAUAUAUAUGUGUACACAAGUAUUUGGGUAUCAUGUGUGACUGUGUGUGAGCGAGAGCGCAUAGUAUGCGAGACUGUGUUAUUUCAUUAUUAUGAACAAUUUAAUUAUGUUUUGGAUUUUAGAUCCAGGACAGGUAUAAAAGACCUUGACAAUGAGAACUUGUGGAGUGACAUUUAGGGGUUGGGGGUUGAUGGGACAUGUAGUUUUUUGGGCAGGUCUGACUUGGACCACAGCUUGGUUCUGUAAGGCUAGGGGUGGUUUACUUGUGAACAAAUUUCCUCCAACGAGUGACAGAAUGGACAUUGGGAGAAACAAAGUUAACCCUCGACAUGCCGUUGGCUGUACCUGGAGGUGUGUGUCUGUUUCUGUGUGUGUGUGCCUGGACGUAUAGAAUAACCUCUAUAAAGUCUGUAGUGGACCUUGAGGGAGGAAAUCUCUAUGCCCUUCUAAGGGAUUUAUCUUAAUAAAGGAUUGUAAUCAAUGGACCCUGAGGUUAAAACUAACCCAUAGCUAUGUUUUUACUGUCAAAGGUUGGGUAUCCCAACGGUUUUUGGAUUGUCAUUCCUCCCACAGUUUUGUGGUGCUUGUCAGUUAGAUCAGGGUCCCGCCCCCCCACCACCAAAACCCCACAGGUGCAUGUUUAGAUUUUUUUCCCCUAGCACAACACAGCUGAUUUGAAAUAAUCAAAGCUUGAUGAUGAGUUGGUUAUUUGAAUCAGCUCUGUAGUGCUAGUGCAAAAAAACAAAACGUGCACCCAGAGGGGCCCCAGGACCGACUUUGGGAAACCCUGAGUUAAAUCAUAGCUUAAACAAUACUGGAAUUAAAGUGUGUGUGUGUGAAAGUGUUUGUGAGAGCGAGACAGUCGGACGAAGAGAGAGACUUGAAUGGAAAAUGCAGUUUACUGGCUUCCUGUCUUGAGUUUUAUUUUUUACCUGUUUUUUUAUGUUUGUUCUCUGGCCUUGCAUGUCAAGUGUACAGUGUGUGUCAUUCCUCAGACUGCAACAACAGACUGCUGGCCCAAACCAAUGCACUAAGCUUUGCCAGCAAGGCUGCAGAGAGGAAAGUUACAUGGACAAAGGCCAGGGAGUCGGGAGGACUGAACAGUUCUGCCUAAACAGGCUGCCUGGCUGAAACACAUUUUUUUUUUUUUACACUUGUUUAGCCCCGAUUUCACUCUAGCUGAUCAUUACCUGGACAUUGUCUGGCUAUGGGACAGACCACUGUCGGACAGCCUGAACAUAAUGGACAUGUAACCACAACCCCAUCCCGGUCCCCUCUGCCUCUUUAUGGACUUGGCAAAGAAAACUGAUGAUGAUCAUAGUGAUGAAUAAUUGAAGAAGCAAAAGAAAUACAGAUGUUUUCAUUUUUUAUGGAAGAUGGCUUUCUAUUUAUCCCUUGUUUGUAUGUUUGAGUUUUUUUUCUUAGUGCUGUAGCUUUAGGUUUUCCAUCUUCUACUUUUCUUUCCUACCUUGCAGCAGAGGGCUUUAGCUCUUUUGUUGAAGUGACAUUACAGCUGAAAUGGAUUCUAUCAUUUUUUUUAAAAAGUUGAAUAAAUUAAGAGCUGUUUAGUGAAACAUGAAUCCUAAUGAGCUGAAUCUAAAACAUUUUGUCUCCUUUAACCCCAUCUGCUCCCUGUUCCUCUCCCCCCUUUCCCUCCAUUCAGUCAGGAUUCUGCUGUAAAUAAAAUAAUUAACUAUA